UGUACCGCGUGUUGGAAAUCCGUUAUUCCGCUUUAACACUCCCAGCCGAGUUCCACUGCGCCGUUUCAGGCUGCUUCUGUAAAGGAUCUCUUCACUUCUGAGAGCAGUAACGGGAGCUUCGUCUACAAACUCCAGAGAGGAAGUAACUGUUUACUCUCUCUCUCUCUCUCUCUCUCUCUCUCUCUCUCUCUCUCUCUCCAUUAACGCAAACCAGGUGGAAGAGCUCCGCCGCGCACUACACAGCAAGCCGUCGAAACCAUCAUCUGAUCGCGCUUUUCUGCUCAUGGAAUAAGUUUUGCAGUCUCACUGGGAGAGUUUCUGCGUGUUUUUAAUCCCGGCCUUUACUUUUCCGCCCGGUUGUUCCAGGAGCGCAGUUUUGGCGCAGACGGAGAGAGGCGGUGCUGGAGUUCCGCUCCUCGGAGGAGCUCCUGGAGGGUCAAAAAAAGAAGAAGAAAGAGCGCUUUUUUUUCUUUUCUUCACCUCUUUCCUCAAGCUUUCCCUGCUUAUUCUGUAGCGUUUCCAACACUGCGUGAGGAUGUGGCCAGGUUUCUGAACGCGCUUUGCCUCGGCGAGGGUCAGUGCGCAUUAUUUUUCUCUUUUCCUCCAAAAAAGUUUGAAUGCCGCUGUGAAAGUUAGAUGGUUUCCUAAAUUGCGUGUGUGUGGAAUCCUGAGCGCAUCGGUGACCAUUUAGAAGGAAACCCGAGCGACUCGGACAUCCCGUCCCAUCCCAUCCAUGGUACCCUAUGUGUCUGUGCAUCGGGAUGCUGCUGCGCCGGAUCCUGGGGCUCGGGACUCUGAGGCGCACAUGGCGCACGGCCCCGCUUGUGCUCGUGGGGCUCGCUGUGUUUCUUAUCUACCACACCUCUGUGGUGAACCGGACAGGCUUCAGACCUGGACAAAAGGACCAAAAGAACAAAUCUGUGAUGAAGGACCACACAGUGCUUCUCAAGCACCCAGAAGAGCUCGUCUCUUUCCUGGAAGCCUGGCAUGAUCACAAUGAAGUACACUGGUCUAAGAGGAGUUGUGCGGGGAAGGCCGUAAUGUUGACAGGGCAGCACGUCCCCUCAGACACAGAAGUGCAGCUUUAUCACCGUGUCCUCCUCGAGCGGGGAUACCGUGUCAAACAAGGUCGCUAUGCUGAGACCAGUGCCACUUUCGGACACAACGGUGGAGAUGGUCAGGAAUGGUCUCUCUUGAUAUGUCUCAAAGGAACGGAAAAAAGUUGCCUCCGAAAAAUCAACUUUGCCCAUUCUCAGCCGUUCCAGAGGGUCAACAUUAUACCAGCAUUUGUUGGGGCUUUCAUGGACAUGGGCGGAGUCUGUCGAUUUCUACUGGACAGCCGUUUGUCAGGUAUGCCAUUACCCAUAAUUCCAUCUGCCUGCACCUUGUCUGGACCAGAGCUGGGAGGAAGUGUUCAUCACACUAAACAUAUCUGGAGCCAAGUUGGCCAGUCAGACUCCCCAGCCAAUCAUGGUCUAGUAGCCUUAAUGAAUGUAUAUGUCUUGGUCACAUCAGCGAUGCCUUUCACUGCAUUCCUGCAUCGCACAGGCUUGGUCAGGACUCAUCUGGACAAACACGGUUAUAUUACUAAGCUGCAGUCGUUCUUUACAGAUAGGCUGGAUCCUUCAGUGGCUCUCCAAGCUUCUGAACUCAUGAAGCAGGUCAUCAGUGAGGUUCUAACAGCUGCCGUUUUAACCACAGCUGACUCCAGCUCUCCACCGAGGUGUUCACUGUGUUUUCAGUUGAUGACCUUCACAUUGCAUUACAAUGCUUCUGUGUGUCCUGUAGUGGUGAAGGUGCAGACUGACUUGAACUUUGACGGUAUAAAAGAUCCAGACUUUGAUGGGCAGAUCACCAAAGAGUACAUUUUAGAAGAUAUGCUGAAGCUCCUCUUCCCAGCAUGUGGCAGUGAGGACGGAUCUCUUCCAAGUCCUCAGGAUACAGCAGAAAUCAAGUACAGUGGCUGCGAGCAGGCAAACGGUUUGUGCUUGACGGCGGACAAAAUGCAGUUCCUGCUUCACUUUCAUCAGCAGCUCAAGAGAUCUGGCAGCUUUCAUCUGCUCUACCCCAGAUCAUCUCAUUUGUCCAAUCUCCAGCACAAUAUCGUUCAAAGAUUUCCUACAGCAGAGGAUUAUGCGAGGGCAGCAGGUCUCUCAGCCUUGCUCCAACAACUCAGCUUGUCCUACACACAGAGCAGUGAUGAUCCAGACAGGCCUGAGAAGUGGGAUUCCCAGCCACCAGAAUCAGGGAGGUGUGUGGAGCCCCAUCUCCGUCAGCUAUAUACCAAUCCUCCUCUGGUUCUAACUCCACUCUUUAACCCCUGGGUGAAGGAGUACCGCGCUGAGGUACCAUUCGACGUGGUCACUAUCCGGAUCAGGCCGGAACCCGUGAGCGCAAAGUGCCACGUUCACCUGGACGAACAUCGCGGCCCCAGAACGGCGAACUACCCGCUCGGCCUGGGCAACAGCCGCAUCAACAUUCUGCUGAUGGACGAGUCAGGGGAGGAGCCUGUCGUCAUGACGAUAUACACUCUGCACAUAUUCCGGGAGAGCCGGCCCAGCCUGCCGAUGUUUGACGAGUAUGUGAUGUGCGGCUUCAUACAGGACUGUGGCCUGGUGGUCAGACCUGAUCAACCCUGUGGUCUGGAGCCUGUUUCUGAGCUCAAAUCAUCUCAGCCUUGCUCUUCAGGAGAUGAACCUGGGCGCUGGGUGGUGCCAUGUCUUAGCUGUUCAGAUAACAGGACAUGUGAUUGGCGGGAAGUUGUCUGGCAACCGGACAGCUGUUACCACCCUGUAUUGGAGCAGCCACAGCUGCAGCGAUGCAUGAUGGACAAAAAGGUCCUGUUCAUCGGUGAUUCUACUAACCGGGGGAUGAUGUACUACCUGAUAGAGCGAGUAAACACUACACUGGAGGAUUGGGACAAGGCUCACGAUACCAUCAUCUACCACAAUCUGAACCAGGGCAGAACACUCAUCAGCUACUCCUAUUACCCCCAAUUCUGGCUGCACAGGAACCAGAGACCCACCUUCCAGCAAGCGCUGGAACAGCUCAUAGAAAGGUCACGACCUCUGGAAAACUCCCCUCAGACAGUGCUGGUUGCUGGAGGGGUCCAGUGGCUCAGUCUGGAGCAUCUGAGGACCAUGCAGCAGGUCCUUGAGAGAGAGAAGCUGCAGAACAUCAUGGUGGUGGUGAAGUCUUUAGGAAUGGGGUUUCAUCUGCCAGUGGACGGCAUUCGCUCUCUCUCUCUGAAUGGAGUGCAGGACCUCUACAGUGUGAACAAGAACAUUCUGGAAAGUGCAAAGCGCCUCAGCUACGAGGUGAUCGACACGUUCAGCAUCACCAUGGGCCGCUAUAAGGAGUUUCUUCAGGGCCGCUGCGCCUGCCAUUUCCACGAGGUUGGUAAACCGUCGCUUCCCACAGUGCCUGCCCACAAAAGGCUGCAGAUAGUGAGCCACGCUGGAGAGAGCGUGAGUGUGACUAGCACGAGGCCAGAGCCGUCGUCUCGACCCAGCUCGUCCUACCACGUGAAGGGAGCAGUGAACCAUGUGUACUCUGAGAUCCUGCUCAGCCGAGUGUGCAUGCCUUAUAUCCACAACGGGACCAGUAGCCAGCACUGACCGAGGCUUACUGAGCUGUUAGCUGGUGUGAAUAAAGUGUGUGUGUUGAGAGUAUGUUGUCCAUCCAGCCAUAGGUUGUAUAUAAUUUUAUUAAAUGACGCCAUUAUCUUCAGUGGUUAUCUUUGAAGGUUUUUUUUUUUUGUGUGUGUGUGUGAGUGUGUGUGUGUGAGUGUGUGUGUGUGUGUGUGUGUGUGUGUGUGUGUGUGUGUGUGUGUGUGUGUGUGUGUUGAGUUUUCCAAAACGUCUUCAGCAGCUCCACCUUAGCUCCAGAGUGUGACACUGGUCAAAGCCGACUGUGAAACCUUUCUACAAUGUCCAUGUAACGUUCCCAGGAUGUUUCUGGGAAGGUUUCACGGUUUUCCAGGAGUGCCUUUUUUGUCGCACGGCAUUGGAUUGUCACUUUUACGGAAGCUCGGGUAACUGACUCUGUGAAGUCUCACGUUUAACCCCUAGCCUCAAACCUUCCAAUCCCUCACAAGUGCUGAGCUGCGUAAAUGCCAAAGGUCUUAUGAAAAUUAUGUAUACCUCAUAUUUCUAUAGCCCAUAUAUUUUUCUACAAAUGUCUUUUAUUUCCAUGCCUUUAAACGCCAAUGUAAUAUAGUCAGUGUAAACUAUUUUGCACAUGUUGUUUAUAUAAAUAUAUAUGAGAAAGCUGUAUUGUUUCAGGUUACUGAUGAAUAUUUCUACUUUGUCCUGGAAUGCUGGCAUGCCUAUCUUCAUUUGCUCACAUUUAUAUUUACACAUUAAGGAACAUUAACUUUGCUGGUCUCUAGAGCGAUUGUAAUGAGAUUAUAGUGAGUUAAACAUGGCAUAAAUUAUUAUAUCCCAUCUAGUAGCUAUUUUAGAAUAUGAAGGUUAUUUCUAAAUGUGGUGGAAUCCCUUAUACCCUGAUGCCGUGAUGUGGCUGAUGUUUGGUCGAUGCCACAUAACCAGUAGUCUUCCAGUGCACCUAUAUCAAUAAUGUAGGUGUCAAUUUGACCGUUUUAUUUUUUAAUAGUUUUUAAAUUUGUUUUAAACUGCCAUUAAAAUAAAAUCGAUCUAAACGCACAAUUCAAAUAUUUUCAAAUUAGGAACCAGUACAAAAUUAUAUAUAUAUAUAUAUAUAUAUAUAUAUAUAUAUAUAUAUAUAUAUAUAUAUAUAUAUAUAUAUGAUAAUGUAUGAGGAUAAUGUAUGAGGACUGCUUUUGUCAUGGUGGAGCCAGUAUUUAUACUCCAAACAGUAUUUUUUAUUUUUUUUGUUAUAUAUUGUUUUAUUUUAUUUUCGGAAGAGUUUGUCUGUAUUUAGGAGAAAACCGAAAGGUGUUUAACUUUUCUGAAGUGCUGAAGAGUUCAUCAAACCAGAAGGUUUUUUUUUGCUUGUUUUUUUUUAUUGGCUCAAAUCCUGAAAGUUAUGUAAUUUGCUAUUUGUGAAAUUAUUAUGUAUUUAAUAUGUAUUCAUUGUUGUUUAAUAAAUAAAUCGAGUACAAAAUUCUUUUGUACUCUCGGGUCGUUGA